GGCGGAACUUUGCAGCCAACGUGUCUCCUCGGCGAUUCUUAUUUCGGACGUCUGCGAAUCCUUUUCGUAGUUACUUUCACCCACAAAAAGACGGUUGAGGAAUAUCGGAGGUGGACGUACACUUCUAGUCGUUAAACUGAAGGUCACUGAAUUGUUGUAAAUCGAUGACGAAAACGUUGACUUCGAAAGAACAGCCACUUGAUGAUGCUCGUCGUGCUCGUCGAAAGAGUCGUGCCGAGAAAGAAAGAGGGAAAGAGGCGCGGUAACGCGUCGACAUGCUCGCAAACCAGGAGGUAGAGGCACCUCCGGUAACCUUGAUGAAUUGCCAGUUGGGGGUCGAACAGGACGGUAUAAAGGCUUUUGCUUUUCGAAUCGGAAAGCAGAUUCCUCGAGUUCUUCUCUCGCUUUGAGCAGCACACUCGAUUCUAAACCGUACAACAUGUUCAAACUGUGCAUCUUCGUCGCUCUUCUGGCCGCCGUUUGUGCCGCACCCGCACCAGGAGCGGUCUUGGCGGCACCCGCGGCAAUCGCCGCGGUACCGGCGCCAAUCGUGACGGCCAGUAGCAGCCAGGUGAUCGCCAGGAAUUACAACACGCUCGCCGCGGCUCCGCUUGCAGCUCCUCUCGCAGCGGCCCCUCUGGCGGCGGCUCCACUCGCCUAUGCCGCAGCACCCUACGCAGCCUACAGCACUCACGCUGUCGCACCCGCUGCGUACACCGCCUAUUCCGCACCCGCUGCGUACACCGCCUAUUCCGCACCCGCUGCGUACGCCGCCUAUUCCGCACCCAUUCUACUGUAAUUCAUCCUAAGCUCCGACCGGACAGUCUACAUAUGGAUCUCCACGGCCAAAUCUAAUUUGAUGAACGAUACGUCGUUUGCGAUGGGGCUGAAACCCUUAUUGCGACAUGUUAAGUUUGUGCAAUAAUAAACCUCAAUAAAUUCAACUUUUCCACUCAAA